CUAGGGAUUUGAUUGUAAAUGUUUCUCCAACCAAAAAACAGUAGCGUGUUGCAGUUGCAGAGUUGUACUACGGUGGACUCGAAACAAAUUAAAUCAGAAGAUGAUGAUGAUUCAUAUGAAUUAAAAGGAAAAAUUGAAAACCGCCAACCAAUCACACAAACAGAUAAAACCAACUUCAGUUUUCAAUUUCGAUUCUAUAGUUUUUUUCAAAACCCAUUCGCCAAUUAGUUAGUUUCAAUCUUCUAUUUACAUGCAAUUCUUUUAUUGUGAUUUAGUGAUCGUCGAAUGUUGAAAACGGUGCCUUUUGAGGCUAAUACUUUGUUGGGUGUUGUUAAAGUUUGAAGUUUUUGACAUUUUUCAAGAAAUUAUUGAAGAAUCAUUAAUAAUAAUAGAGUUCGAGGGUUAAAAUCAAUGGCAGAGGGAUAUAGGGGAAUGUCGUCUGAUAAUAUAAAGGGAUUAGUGUUGGCAUUGUCUUCAAGCUUCUUUAUUGGCGGCAGCUUUAUUGUCAAGAAAAAGGGUUUGAAGAAAGCUGCUGCCUCUGGUCUCAGAGCUGGUUCUGGAGGUUAUUCCUACCUGUAUGAGCCACUAUGGUGGAUUGGCAUGAUUACAAUGAUUGUUGGUGAAAUUGCCAACUUUGCAGCUUAUGCAUUUGCACCAGCUAUUCUGGUCACUCCUCUUGGCGCGCUUAGCAUCAUUAUCAGUGCUGUCCUAGCACAUGUUAUCUUACGAGAGAGGUUACACAUUUUCGGGAUUCUUGGUUGUGCUUUAUGUGUAGUUGGAUCAACCGCAAUUGUAUUACAUGCUCCUCAAGAACGUGAAAUUGAAUCUGUCAAGGAAGUAUGGGAACUUGCGACUGAGCCAGCUUUUCUUCUCUAUGCUGCUUUUGUCGUAGGAGCAGUUUCCAUAAUCAUUGUUCGUGUUAUACCUCAGUAUGGCCAGACUCAUGUUAUGGUUUAUAUAUCAGUUUGUUCACUUGUAGGAUCGCUGUCGGUCAUGAGUGUCAAAGCACUUAGCAUUGCUCUGAAGCUAACAUUCUCAGGAACAAAUCAGUUGGUGUAUCUCCAAACAUGGGCCUUUGCCUUGGUUGUGGUUACCUGUGUGAUCAUGCAGAUGAACUAUUUAAACAAGGCUCUUGAUACAUUCAACACGGCGGUUGUAUCACCUAUAUACUAUGUGAUGUUUACCUCCUUGACCAUUUUGGCCAGUGUAAUCAUGUUUAAGGAUUGGGAUCGGCAGAAUGCAACUCAAAUUGUUACUGAAAUGUGUGGUUUUGUGACUAUCCUUUCUGGAACUUUUCUUCUUCAUAAAACAAAGGACAUGGUUGAGGGUUCAUCAUCAUCUCUUCCGCUGAGCCUCCCCAAGCACGACGAUGGAGAAUAUGAACACCAACCUGAAGGAACCCCUCUUCGACGUCAAGCAUCUAUUCGACAGAUGUAGCUAGCUAGCUGUAUUUCGUGAUUCAUCAGUCUACUGCCACACGAAAAACGCAUAUAUUCUUUGGGGGCUGAGGAACUCGGCACCGUUGACCUGCUUAUCAGCAAUGGAUUUAGCUGAUCGGUCUUAUUCCGUAAGAAAAAAAUGAGCAAGGAUGACCAAAAUCCAACCUCUACGAAAAAUGAAAUGAGCACUUUGAGCGGCAACCGUUUUGCUCUCCCCUUUUGGUAUCGGUGAAGCACCCGUGUUGGGGAAACAUAAUUUUGUGCACAUUAUUGAACAAUACAAUGGAUUACCUUCAAAAUUUACAAAAAUAGAUGCAGAUUUUCGUGGACGCUGGAUUGAUGAUCGAUGGAAAGGGAAGUUUUGACAUGCUCGAACACAUUGAAGGAAAAACCAUAAUUUCCAGCAUCAAUUAGUUUGAAGUUUCGACAUAGCGUUUCACAUUCUUCUGGACUUGUUUUUCCAACAAAUUAACAGGGAACAUGUUGAAUGGUAGUAUUAUAUUGACCCAAAUACCAUCCUUUUCUUUUCCUUAUAUUGUAACUAGAAUCAAAAACAUGUGGAACAUUAACAGAUUUUGUUACACGAGUGAAGUUUGUUUUGAUCUUUA